AUGGAACAGGACAAGACACGGAGUCCGCAAUUAAUUGAUCAAUAUGGACGGCUUCAUACGUAUUUACGGAUUUCAUUAACUGAACGCUGGAAUCUACGAUGUCGUUAUUGUAUGCCAGAAAAUGGAGUUCCAUUACAACCAGUGGCAGACCUUUUAACCUCGUGUGAAAUUAUUCAAGCAACGAAAUUAUUUGCACGCUCAGGGAUUACAAGAAUUCGAUCAACAGGUGGUGAACCAUUACUACAAAGAGAUUUAAUUGAAUUGGUGAUACAAUUGAAAGCAAUUCAAGGUAUCCAGUCCAUUGAAAUCACAACAAAUGGCAUGACACUUGAAAAAAAGCUAGUGGCAUUGCAACGAGCAGGAAUUGAUCGAGUAAAUAUUAGUCUUGAUACAUUAACUCCAGACAAAUCUCGUCAUCUUACAAGACGACAAGGAGUUGCAAAAGUGAUGAAGUCGAUUGAAAAAGCACAGGCACUGGGAUUUCAUCCACUCAAGAUAAAUUGUGUUGUACAGCGUCAUUUUAAUCUGGAUGAACUUGUCGAGUUUGUGGCCUUUACGGAGAAAUGUGGAGUAGAUGUUUGA